CCCAAAGCUCCCAUGGGUAAAUGAUUUCCUCCCUAUCCAUCAUUUCCAUCUUCAAUCUUGUGUCAAGUUCCUAUACCCAAAGCACAUCUACCUUAGUGAGAGGAUAAUCGCCAUCAUGUCAACUUCAACUACUAAGUCUACCGCUAUUUUAUGCGAAGUAACAGUUACGAAGUCUGACGAAACGACGCCUGAAGAUACGCCCCCGGAAUCACCUUCUGCCAUUAUUAUCUUCACAGCAACAAACACACCUCCAACGCAAAAGGAUGAUGAAGAGACUCGCACGAGCUCGCAAAAAUCAGACAAUGUUAAUGGGCAAACACCAAACGGCAAACCCAACAAAGGCUCCAAGGCACCUGCCAACGGGGGACAGGAACCCUCCGGGGGGGAUGCUGAAUCGUCGGAACCCACCGAGCAAAUUAGAGCAGGCCAAUUCGUAAACUCCAACACUGGCCACCAGUAUAACACGACUGGAGGUAUCCAGCACAAUGCAACGGAUACUGCAACACAAUUUUCUGGGGCUGUAUUUUCAGGAACUGUGACUUUCCAUAAGCCUCAAGCCUAGGGAACAUUGGCUAUCGAGCUUUACUGUCAAGCACGCAGCAAGGUUGAGAGACGGUGAUGAUGGUAUAACUAGGCUCCUGCGUAUCGGUGCAGAUACCUGAAAGACUCAAUUUGCUAGCGUUUACAUGAAUGAAAGCACAGCCAUUUUGAACAUUGUCUUCAAACUAGAAGUGUACAGUUCCACUAAAAGUUGCCCCAGUGAAGUGCUUGCCAUUGCCAGUCGCAUUAUACUGGAUCCCGCCUGUCGCGUUGAAUUGAUCACCCGAACCCUCAUUUUGAAACGCAAACGUAGGCACAUUGCGACUCUCCUUGACCAGGGAAGACAGCAUAGAAUCAAUGUCCGCUGCCAACUUUUCUGCAUUGCCAUUCAGCUCCUCUAGGGCUGCUCUCAUUGGCACAUCCUUGAUUAGUUUGUAAUCUUUGCUGAACAACUUUUCCGACUCUUGGAUUCUAGCCAUCAUGCCCUUCCAGUCUUCGUGUCC